CCGUUGUGGGAGAUAGAUUUCUUAGCUUAAAAGAUGGCAGCUGUGAGUCCCGCGGCCGUCGUCACGGCGAAGCAAGACAAGCGACCCAUGUGUAAAUACGGCGAGAAAUGCUACAGGAAGAACCCGAACCAUUUGCGGGAAUACCGCCACCCGAACAAACCUGAAAGCGAAGAGCAGCAGAGCCAGAACGACCAGGAUAAUACAGAGCCUUCCUCUAAAAAGCCCAAAUUAGAUCCACAUAAAACAGGGUCCAUAUCUGAUGAUGAUGAUGACGAUGACGUAUCAAGGGAGAGUGGAAAGACAAGUGAUGAUGCAAAGCAGCAGGAUGAGAGCGUCCCUGGAACAUCAGGAGAAUCCAGCAAACCCGUAAAUGAAGAAAGCCAAGAUAAAUGUGAAGAAGAGUUGACUUUAACGCCUCCACCUUCCCCUGAAGACAUCAAGGACAACAUUCGUGAGAAAUUCUUGUUUGAUAUGCCGGACGAUUUUUACGAACUCUGGAAGUUCUGUGAAGCAACUCAUCCAGAAAAUCCCACCAAUUGCUUCAGUGAUGUUCUUGGGUUCCAAUUAGUUGGACCUUUUGAUAUUUUGGCUGGUAAACACAAGCAAUUAAAUGGCAAAAACAGCAAGGGUCGUUACCCUAACUACCUCAUUCACUGGCGCUAUUACUUGGACCCUCCAGAGUUCCAAACAGUAAUUCGUGGCAAUGACACAACUCAAUUCCAUUUAGGUUACUUCAGAGAUGUCCCGACAGAGGCACCAGUCUUUGUUGCUGCUAAUUCUGCCAAAGAAGGUCCUGCCAUCAUUCCACGUGGUGAAAACCUUUUUGCAGCCCUCAGUUUCUAUUUAGGUGAAAACAUUAAAUCCAAGAAACUCUUCAAACCAAAGCAACCUGCUGCCCUUCAACUCCAAUCAGAUUUGACUGAAUGGGCCAAAAAGCUCAACUUCAAUCUGGAGUUGAAAACCAAAUCCAUGAAGGAACGAGACAAGAAGACGGUCUGCAAAGCUUUCCAUGGGGCUGGAAUUGUGGUCAAGUUAGACAAGAACGAAGUUGGUUACCGUCCAAUCCCAGAAACUCCAGCCGCUUUGAAGAAAAUGUUCCAGAAGAUUCUUGACAGCAAAACUGAAGAAGACAGAAACCAGAAUUUUGAGCCGUUACAAGAACUGAUGACUUUGAUCCAAUUUGCAAACGACGAAUGCGAUUAUGGUGAAGGAUUGGAGCUGGGAAUCAACCUCUUCUGUUUCGGGGGCGACAUCUUCAAUUCCACCAUCCAGUUCUUACUUCCUCUUGCUUACCAGUUGCUACAGCAUCCGCAGUUUAGCCAAAUCAUCACAGAACAUCUGAAGCAUAGGAAAAUGAGUGCCCUUCCUCAUGAACUUAACGAACUCAACUAAUUGAAAUUAAAAAAAAAAAAGAAAGAAACAUUUUGCUAAUGUCGAGUCGUUAGAAGACAAAUCUAUACAAAAUAUUUAGAAAAGUUUAGGAGAUUUGAUGAAUUUGUGUGGUAAGAUGAUGGGCCUAGCAAGAGGAAGAAAAACGUUUUCUCUUUCUCUAAUGAAGAGUUUGGCUCCAAACACCUGUCUUCUCAUCUUCUCGUGGCAAAUCAACUUAUCCAAAUUUUCAAACUUCAUUAAAUAAUUUUUGCCGACACAGACGGACAUUAUUUUCUUCAUCCUUGAGGUCUGGCUUUUGUAUAUUGCUUUGAGCUGAAUGGAUGUUUUGUCACUUAAUCAAACUGACAAGAUAUAACGUUUCUAAUGAAGGACAAUGAUUUGAAACGGGGGCCUCCCAUCUCCCUCUUUGUUUGAGCUGUCACUCUCAGGGCAGAGGUUACAUGCAUUUGAUUCAAGUUUCCUAAACUAAGAACUUAUCGCAAUUCCUGUUAAUUUAUAUUAUUUCAAGGACACAUAUCAUAAAUGGGAAUACGGAUGGCAUUAUUGCAAAGUUCAUGACUGUUUCAUAGUUCUAUAUUCCAUCCAUUCUUGUGAAUACAGCUUGGAAAGAGAUCAGUUCCACCAAGCUUAUUUUGUCCCCACUUAAACUGCAAGAAGUCUUCAGUUGUUCCCUAAACAUUUCUGGUUUGAGGCUCUCUGCACCAUUAUAUAUAAGUAUGGCACAAAUGGUCGUGGAGAGUAUUCAGCUGUUGAUUCUGAAGCCAUCAAUUCAAAUGUUGUCCAUAAACAUAUCUCGUUUCUACGUAAACUCACUGGACUCUGUUCUUGUUUCACAUUUCAAAGGAAUCCAGUUGGAAACAUUCAGUUCCUUUGAAAAUUUUGUCAUUUUUUUUUCUUUUACACCUUUCAUAUUUUUUAUCAUCUCACGUGUCAUGGGUCUCUUGGUAUUUUUUGAAUCUUGGGUCUAGAAAUAAAACUUUUGACCAAAUGUAGCAUCACAUCAUACAUUAUGCUUUUGUCAAUAAAAUGUGAACUUCGUUAACGAAAU